UACAACGGUCCCUCUCCGACCGAAAUCCCCAAAGCUUCUGUCUACGCAGGCAGCGCUCCCAUUUCUCUUCCUCGUCUGCAAUUUCGCUUAGUGGCCGCAGUCGUUCUGUCGCUGGUAAUGGGAGUAGGCGGAAACUUCUGGGAUCUCCUCAAACCCUACGCCCGCUUCGAAGGCGUCGAUUUUCUACGCAACAAGCGUGUCGCGGUUGAUCUCUCCUUCUGGAUCGUUCAGCACGAUGCCGCCAUUCGCAGCAAAUAUCCCCGCGCUCGUUGUCCGCACCUCCGCAUUACCUUUUUCCGAACCCUAGCUCUAUUCACUAAGUUGGGAGCAUUUCCGGUGUUUGUUGUGGACGGAGAGCCUUCGCCACUCAAGGAUCAAGCGAGGAUGGAACGUUUCCUUCGGGGUUCGGGCCUGGAGCUUUCGGUUCUCUUGAAGCCGCCGGAGACUGUGGCAGGGCAGGCUGCUCCAGCUGCAAAGCGACGGAACCGUGUGUUCUCUACGUGGGUGCAGCAAUGCGUGGAAUUGCUUGAAAUCCUAGGUAUGCCUGUUUUGAAAGCUCAAUCUGAGGCUGAAGCCCUUUGUGCACAAUUGAAUUAUGAAGGCCAUGUUGAUGCUUGCAUUACUUCGGACAGUGAUGCAUUUCUCUUUGGGGCAAAGUGUGUUAUAAAAUGCCUUCGAUCUAAUUCCAAAGAACCCUUUGAGUGCUAUUACUUAUCUGAUAUUGAAGCUGGUCUUGGAUUGAAGAGAAAACAGAUGGUGGCAAUCGCUCUUCUAGUUGGCAAUGACCAUCAUUUGCAAGGAGUACCGGGGUUUGGUGCUGAAACAGCUCUUCGUUUCGUAAAGCUAUUUUCAGAUGAUGAUGUUUUGGAUAGGUUAUCUGAAGUUGGAAGAGGGAUAAUUCCUGCAUUCCAGGAAGGCAUUGAAGCUUCUUUAGAACAUGAUGCAACUAGUCCAUACGAGGGUGUGGCAACUACAAGGUUUCCACACUGUUCACAGUGUGGUCACCCAGGCAGCAAAAGAGCUCAUUUGAAGAUUGCUUGCGAGUAUUGUCUCAACAGUGGUUCAGAAAGCUGCAUGAUGAAAUCAACUGGGUUCAAAUGCUAUUGUUCUCCCUGCAGAGAGGACCUCUUAGUUAAAGAGCAAAAGAAGCAGGAAAAUUGGCAGCUCAAGGCUUGCCAGAAGAUUGCUGCAGAACAUGGCUUUCCCAACAAAGAAAUCAUUGAGAUGUAUUUAAAUGCUAGUGGUCGUGAUGAUGAAGGAAAUUGUACCCCGCUGCUCCGGUGGGAUAAACCUAGGGUUGAAAAUCUGGUCGACUUCUUAGCUUUUCACCAGCACUGGGAGCCAUCUUAUAUAAGGCAACGAAUUCUUCCUAUGCUGUCGACUAUAUACUUAAGAGAAAUGGCAUCAACAUCCGAAGUAGGCUUACUUCUACAUGAUCAAUAUGAGUUCCAUUCCAUUGAUCGAGUGAAGAUUAGAUAUGGCUGCCCCUAUUAUCUGGUUAAAUGGAAGAAAGCAAUUCAUAGUUUGGAUUAUGUUACUCAAAAUAUUUCUAAUGAAGAGUUGGAGUCGGAGCAAACUGAAUCUACAAUAACUGAUGAAUUUGUAGACUCCAUAGACGGUCCAGAUGUUCCAACAAUCAUUGUUGAUGAUGGGUGCUGGUAUCUGGUAACCGAGGAGAAUACUGAGCUCGUACAAGCCGCGUUUCCGAAAGCAGUUGAGAAGUUUUUGCAAGAAAAGCAGUUGAAGGAAACCAAAUCAAGCCCGAGGAAAUCCAGCAAAUCUAAAGCAGAUUCAGAGUCUCCCAAAUCCAGUGGGGUUCAGCUCAGCAUUACUGAGUUUUAUCGUUCGACAAAACCAGUGGCAAGAGCAAGUCAAACGAAGGACAAGCAGAAGAAUUUGGAGGUAGAAGACUCCAACAAGAGCAGGAAGAGGCCGCCCAAUUUGGAUCAGGAAAUCCCCAAAUCGGUCAGGCGACGGCUAUUAUUUGACUAAGUACUGUUUUUUUGUUAUUGUUCUUCUGUUUUUUUUUUUGGGAUCCCAUUCUUCUUACAAAGCUGUAUCUUUCAAUGAUCUCAAUAUCAUAUCAAUUACUUCUGCAGAAGUUGCUUCAA